AUGGCGGAUGAUGGCGAUCCAUCAAAGCGCCUGGCGUCAGAUGUACUGGCAGCAGAGGAGUCGUCCAAACGACACAAACCGGAUCUGUCACGGGCAAAGACGCAAGAGGAGGAGUUGGAUGACCUCAUUGAGAGUGGCCUGCUUGAUGAGCCUUCGGAUCCACCAGAGGAGGUUGCUCGACAGACUUUUGCAGGUCAGUUCUCCUCCAAUGCCUUCAGGGUAGAGGAAGAGGAUCUGCCCAAAUUGCUUGCAGAGGUGUUAGAGCAAGGCCCAGCAUGGGGUGGCACAAGGUACUGGCGGUGCGCGGCCCUGUUUGUUGGCUGUAUCGGAAGAUCCACCAGGUCAUGCCGCAUAGCUUUUGUGGCACACCCACAAGGCUUGACCCUCCUUGGCCUCGUGUUGAAGGAGGCGGUUGCGCGACUUGAAGCCCCGGGAUUACAUCAAGAAGCAAGCAUGUUGGCAUUGGCGUGCCUGACAUGCCUGAAGGCCCUGCCCUUGGGUCGUGCUUCGCUCUGGGAGCACCGACAAGCCUUAGGAAAGCCCUUCGACCAGCUUCACAAAUGGUGUAGCAAGGAUCGCAGCGCUGUCGCUGCUGAACUGAGGGGUCCCACUUUAGAGUUGUGCCGCCGGUGGAAGCGGCAGCCGAAGCCUGCCGCACAGGAGCAGACCCACAAGGCCCUGCGGGGAAAGGUCUUAGAGCUCAUCGCCAGUGGCCUGCAGGGCCGUGGCACAUCACCUGCAUCACCAUUCCCGGCAUCCCCUGCGCAGCUUCCAAAUAACUUGGUUGCAGCUGAGGUAGAGAGUGCGCUUUGGGGCCGCUACGGUGCCAGCAACACUUCGGAGUACCGGCAGCACGCGCGAAUGCUCCGAGCAAACUUGGCCUUGCCAGGGAAUGCCGAGCUGCGGGCAAAGAUCCUAGCAGGAGAUCUCAAGGCUGAGGAGCUGGCGGGGAUGGACUCCAGCGCCUUGGCACCAGAUGAGGUCCAAAAACAGCGCAGGGAAGUCCAAAAGCAGGCCAUGAAGGAGGCCGUGGUUGAGGAGCUGCUGCCCGUUCGGAUGGGAGACGGAGACGGCUCUCCUUUCGACCCAAGUGCAGAUCUCAACACAGCCCCUCUGGUUUGGCGCAGCCCUACGAAAGAGGCCAAGACUGAAAGCCAAGACGCUGCAGAAGAGGAGGGAGCCACUGGCUUGCCCAUGGUCCCACCCCCAACACCUUUCCGCCUUGCGGUGGCGACCCCAGCCAUGGAACCUGGAUCACCGGACAUUCCUGAGAUGCUUGCCACUCCAGGACCAGAAGAGGAUGAUGACGUUUUGGCGGUCCUGCGGUUCUUGGCUUCACCUCCUUGA